AUGGCGUCGUCCAAGCUGUUUGCGAACCACGCGGAGCGCGGUGGACAUGCAGCGCGGCGCGGCGCCUGUCACGUGUCCCGCGGCGUCUGCGUCUGCGUCAGCGUCGCCAGGUGUCGGGCUGGCAGGCCGCAGUCUGCACAACACCUCCGCAGCCUCCGCCACACCUCAGCGGCGCUCACCACACACCUCCGCGCCAUGAAGAUCGACACCAAGAGGGGCACCUUCGAUGUCACCGUCCCACCUAAAGGGACCCAGACGGUGAUAGAUGAACCAGUCGACUUCGAAACUGCAAUAGCGCAAACGGGUUUCGGCAGAUUCAACUACAUGCUGAUGGCUGCGGGAUUUUUCUCCACGAUCGUGUGCCUCAUAGACACGACCACCAUGUCUUACAUUCUGCCUCUGGCACAGUGCGACCUGGGCCUCACGGACCUCAGCAAGGGAGCUCUCAAUGCCAUUACCUAUGCGGGCCUGAUCAGCGGCUCGUUCGUGUGGGGCUUCCUGUCGGACACGCUGGGCCGGCACCGCCUGCUCGUCAUCAGCGUGCUGCUGGACGGGACCAUCGCCCUCUGCUCCGCCUUCUCCACCUCACUCUGGCUGAUGCUGCUGCUCAGAUACCUCAACGGCUGCAUGUCGUGCGGCGCCCUGUGUAUAAACUUCUCGUUCCUGGCGGAGUUCCACGGCGCACAGUACCGCAACCGCUGUGUCAUGACCACCGGCAUCUACGUCGGCAUCGCGCAGGUCGCCUUACCAGCGAUAGGGCUGGGGCUGCUGACGGAGACAUGGGAGUACGAGACGAGCGUGCUGACGCUGCGGCCGUGGAACGUGUUCGUCAUGAUGUGCUCCGUCCCCUCGCUCGCCAGCGGCCUGCUCAUCUCCUUCUUCCCCGAGACGCCCAAGUUUCUCAUGGCGCACGGCCGCAACGAGGAGGCACUCGCCGUCAUGCGCAAGAUAUACGCGCUCAACACCGGCAACAGUCCGGACACUUUCCCGGUGCGCCGGCUGGUGGACGAGAUAGCGCAGCGCAAGACGUCGCUGUCCAGCGCCGCCUCCAGCCCCAAGAGCGUGCUGGAGAGCGCGCGCGCCGGCUGGAGGCAGAUCCGGCCGCUCUUCUCCAUGCCGCACCUGCCCUACGCGCUGCUCGUCUUCAGCGUGCAGGCCUGCUGUCUGCUCAGCCUGAACACGGUGCGGCUGUGGCUGCCGCAGAUCUUCACGACGAUGGAGGAGUUCUACGAGGCGCAGCGGCUGCUCGGGCUGGAGGGGGAGGACGCCUACAUGUGCGAGGCGCUCACCUUCCGCGAGCGCAACGCCACGCUGGCCGCGGCCGUCGCCUCCGCGGCCUUCGACACCGCCAGCGGCAAUGGCACUGCAGUCGCUUCCGCAGGGACCGCCGCCUGCGUGCCCGCCCUGACUAGCCCGAAUAUCUACACGAAUUCGAUGAUCGUGUGCGCCUCUGCAACUUUCGCCAUCUUCAUCAGCACAACCCUCGUGAACAUCAUCGGCUACCGGCUUCUGAUCAUAAUCAGCGCUCUGGUGAGCGCGGCGUUCAGCGUGCUGGUGCUGUGGUCGGUCGGUUCGGCGGCGACGCUGGCGCUGCUGACGCUCUACCUGGCCACCGUCAACGUGUACGGCGCCUGCAUGAUCGGCGUCGUCGUCGCCAUCUUCCCCACCACGCUCAGGACGAUGGCGAUGUCACUGACCAUGAUGUGCGGCUUCAUAGCAGCGCUUUUUGGGAAUCUCAUCUAUCCUGUCCUCAUGGCGGUCGGUUGCGAGACUCCUUUCUAUGUCGUCACCGCUUGCAACUUAGGCGCUGGACUGCUGAGUAUACUGUUACCGUCCACCAAGGGUCGAGCCUUGGCCUAAGGACUGCAGCGGAUGUAGUGCAACAUCCCCUUGAUGCCGCUGCUUUGAGAUACUCCUCGAGUAUUAAAUGUCGUCGGCACGUAAUUUAUUGUGAAACAAUGAAGCCACAUGUCCAAGAACUGGAAACACGCCGAAAGC